UUUUCUAUAAAGUUAAAGAUGGAAUGAAGAAUAAUUUUUUUUCGAAGGACCGCUUAAUAUUGCCGUUUCCGAAAGAAUUGUCGAACGAGCCCUAAAACCAACAAAGCCGAACGGGGAUGGAUAUUUGCAAGUCUAAUACUUAACAUAUAAAGUACCCAGACCGGUUUACAACUCUUGUUUACAAAACCACCAAGGUCGCAUAAACAAUUUUGCUAUUUGCGCCUUCUUCUCGAACAGCCAGGGGGUAUCAGCUAGCAAGACAGCUUUGAUCACAGCACUCGAAAGUGGUUAAUAAACAGCUAAAUCAGACAAAGGUCAAGUUCCGUGUCUCCUGACUCUAUCGCAGAGGCCGAGUCAACAAAUGGACGUUCAAGCAAAUGGCCUACUUCUCAAUGGGAAGAACAAGAAAGUCUUAGAGGAAAACUUCAAUAACGUUGGAAAAUGUUCAAUAUUUAAAGGCAACUCUCCACCCCAAGCAGAGCUUAAGGAUCUGACCUUUACUGUGAAUGGGGCACAGUAUACAGUGCACAACCCUGAUGCACACACAAGCCUAAAUGAAUGGAUCCGCAAUCAGCCAGGGCUUAAAGGGACCAAGGUCAUGUGUAAGGAAGCAGGUUGUGGAGUCUGUGUUGUGGCCGUCACAAAAAAGGAUCCAACAACUGGGAAAGACGUCACUAAGGCUGUCAACUCGUGCCUCUUUCCAUUGUACGCCGCUAAUGAAAGUCAUGUGACAACCACUGAGGGAAUUGGAAAUCGAAAGAAAGGAUUCCAUGUGAUUCAGAAACGACUUGCUGAACACAAUGGAAGUCAGUGCGGAUUCUGCUCUCCUGGCAUGGUCAUGAACAUGUACAGUCUGUUGAAGGAAGACCCUAAGCCAUCUAAAGAGAAGAUUGAAGGCAGCUUUGACGGCAACAUUUGCCGCUGCACAGGUUACCGCCCAAUUCUUGACGCAAUGAAGUCAUUCGCUGCAGAUGCCAGUCCAAUAGACAUUGAGGAGUUGAACAAGUGUACUGGCAACUGUAGCAACUGUCCAUGCACUGAGAACCCUGUCCCAUACAACACCUCAGGUAUCAAGUGGUAUGCCCCUCACUCGCUUGCUCAGCUGUAUGCCUUACUGGAGGAGCAUAGCAACAACAAAGUUAAGAUGGUGGGCGGAAACACUGGCAAAGGCAUUUACAAGAAGGAUGGACCAUUUGAUGUUUUCAUUGAUGUGAAUAACGUGCUUGAACUACACCGUACAACGGAAGUAGAUGGUUACUUUGUUGUCGGUGGAGGUGUCACUCUGGGUUCGCUAAUUGAACUGUCUGAGGCAAACGUCAGUAAAUCCCCGGUCUUCCGGGCCAUUGCAGAACACCUUAAAGUGGUUGCUAACACACCUGUACGAAAUGUUGGUUCCAUUGCGGGCAAUAUGAUGCUGGCUCACGAUCACUCUGACUUUCCGUCCGAUAUCAUGACUAUCAUGGAAGGCAUCGGAGCGUCGGUUAUCGUCGGGCACAAAUCUAACCUUGUGCAGAAAACACUGCAGGAAUUCAUCAACUUUGACAUGAAAGGAAAGGUCCUGCUGGCCCUUGCCAUCCCUAUGCUACCGUCUGAAUUUGUUGUGCGUACGUACAAGAUAACGCCUCGUUCCCAGAACGCGCAUGCGUACGUGAAUGGCAGUAUGUCGAUGGCGGUUGACCACAGUACAAUGACUGUCAGCACUAAGCCGAGGAUUGUCUUCGGGGGGAUCCGACACAACUUUCUCCAUGCCACCAAGACUGAGGAGUUUUUGCAGAACAAGGUGUUGACAGAUGCUGAAACCCUUAAAGUCGCCUUGGAGAUUCUGGAUAGUGAGAUUGUCCCUGACCCAGAAUUCAUUGCACACAAUGGCAGCACCGUCGAGUACCACAAGAACCUCACUCAGUCCCUGUUCUACAAGUUCUACGUAGCAGCGCUUGGUGACCAUGCCUCAGAGCGCAUACGAUCUGCCGCAGAUAAGAUUCUUCACCAGCGCCCAGUCUCUAGCGGCCAACAGAGCUACGAGACAAAAGAAGAUAUGUACCCUGUGUCGAAACCCAUGCCGAAAAUCGCUGCCACUUUGCAGGCGUCAGGGGAGGCUCAGUACACGAAUGACAUCCCUGUACAAGUAGGAGAGCUGUAUGGUGCUAUUGUCACUAGUACCGUGGGCAACUGCAAGCUUGGGAAGAUAGACACCACAGAAGCAAUGAAAAUGCCAGGCGUCGUUCGGUUUUUCAGCGCUGCAGAUAUUCCUGCCAAUGGUGUAAACUCGUUUGGAUUUUUUAAUGCACCUGGACCUAAAGAAGGGAUUUUUUGUGAGAAAGACGUUCUCUACGUUGGUCACGUAAUUGGACUAAUCGUAGCAGAUACACAGCUGCAUGCAGACGAGGCAGCCGAGAAGGUGAACAUUGAGUACUUAGAUGCCAAGCCUCCCAUUCUUAGCAUCAAGGACGCUAUUGAGGCCAAGUCGUUCAUUGAGCUGCGUUACAUCAGGGAUAUCGCCGUGGGUGAUACUGAAGCUGCCAUAAAAUCCUCAAGUCACGUGGUUACCGGCGAGGUGUCUUGUGGGGCGCAGCACCAUUUCCAUAUGGAGACACAGGUUGCAUUGACCGUGCCAGGUGAGGACGGAAUCACUAUCUUCUGCGCCUCCCAGGGUACCGACCUCAUCCAGUCGGCUGUAUGCAAGGUCCUCGGUAUGCCAGCCAAGAAUGUGGACGUUGUCACUCGUCGCUGUGGAGGAGCAUUCGGUGCUAAGGCUACUCGUGCUGCGCCCAUCGCCUGCGCCAGUGCUCUCGCUGCGAAAAUCCUUGACAGACCAGUGCGUUUGAAGAUGAACUUCAACAAGAACCUUGAGUCGAUCGGUGGACGCAGUCCAUAUCUCCUGAAAUACAAGGCUGCGUUCAACGAUGAUGGCGUCCUGCAAGCGGUAGACAUGGACUACUACAUCAACACGGGGUGUACUGGCGAAGACAACGAUGGAAUGGGGGCUGCCGGACACUGGGAUAAUUUAUACUAUUGUCCUAACUGGACGGUAAAGCACACAUCAUGUCUGACGAACACUGCGAGUACAACGUUUUGCCGUGCACCAGGUCAGGUCCAGGCAGUCUUCUUGAUGGAAUCCAUCAUGGAGCAUGUGGCGCGAGAGUUGAACAAGUCCCCCGAGGAAGUGCGGGAGAUCAACUUGUACCAAGACGGACAGAUGACGCCAGGAGGAAAGCCCAUUCCGCACUGCAACAUCCGUCGCUUGUGGACUGAAAUCCAAGAAUCUGCGGAGCUUGCCAAAAGACAAGCCGCUAUCGAGGAGUUCAAUAAGACUAACCGCUGGAGGAAACGUGGACUGGCGUUGUGCCCAGGCAAGUUCAACAUGGAGUUCAGGCACCCUACUUUCAACGUUCUGGUGAACAUAUACAAACACGACGGUACCGUGACCAUCACCCACGGGGGGAUAGAGAUGGGGCAAGGCGUUAACGUUAAGGUCGCACAGGUCGCCGCUAUGACGCUGGGUAUUCCCAUCGAGCUCAUCUCCAUCAAGGAAAACACCACACAGACCUCAGCCAACAGUUCUGUCACUGGUGGAAGCGUCGCCAGUGAGUUAUGCACUAAGGGAACCAUGCAGGCGUGUCAAAUCCUGAACGAGCGUCUGGCCCCUCUGAAGGAGAAUAUGAAGGGCGUCCCAUGGCCUAAACUCAUCAAGAAGGCGGGCCAGCAGAAGAUCGAGCUCUCCGCCUUGUCUAUGUCAAAGGGCGAACAUAACGGGGAAUACGUGGGUUAUGGCGUGGCAUGCGCUGAAGCAGAAGUUGAUAUCCUUACGGGAGAGCGCCAGAUUGUGCGCUGCGACAUUAUACACGACUGUGGAGAGAGCAUGAAUCCCGAGGUCGACGUUGGUCAAGUCGAAGGCGCCUUUAUCAUGGCUAUGGGCUACUGGCUUCAGGAGAAAGUCUACUUUGAUCAGCAGACCGGAAAGCAGCUCUCCACAGGAACAUGGACGUACAAGCCGCCGACCGCUAAAGACAUUCCUGUUGAUUUCCGAGUGACUCUUCUGAAGAACGCCCCUAACCCUGUCGGCUUUCUCCGGUCCAAAGCCGUUGGAGAACCCCCCGCAACCAUGGCCUGCUCAUGUCUGUUCGCUGUCAAGCAUGCGAUCGAGGCUGCUAGACGAGAAUUCGGCAAUAACGACUUCUUCAAUCUGAACGGACCUGCGACAGUGGAAGAGACACAGCUACAUUGCCUCGUGGAAAAAACUCACAUGACCUUGUAAUCACGUGACUUAUCUACGCAUGCUCAGUUUCACUGUCCAACAAAAAAAAAGCACACGUGACCCAAACCAUGAACUGGAUUCAACAAUUUAGGUUGAUUUGUUGUAACUGAUUAUAAGUAGGUAGGUGGUAGGUCACUACAUAGAUCUAACAAUACUUCAAAUUGAAUAUUGGAUUUAUCGCGUCAGCAAACUCAAGCAGGCGAAGGAAAUCGGACAGUACCACCCAUCCCUCAGACAUUUAUUUUCUUCAAACAAAGUGACUUUUCACGUUUGUUUAAAAAAGGGGUGGAUAUUUACCCAAUCCACCCCCCCCCCCCCCCCCUGUAUCCGCCCCUACUUUCAAUUGAAAUUACAGACGAUUUGAAUCAUUAUGGACUAUUUUCCUUACAUGAUAGGAUAAUAUGGUAAAAACAAUUAGUUCGAAUUUAUAACAAGCUAAUAAAAUGUACGCCAUGCCCUCUGAAUUUAAUUCAAA